CGAAAAAAUAAGAGUUGGCAGUAUGGCAUUUUAGUUUUUUCAAGGAAGAAAAUGAAUUCUGGGUAAAAUAACGUGUGCGACGCAUCAUAAUACCUUCAGGGAGGAAUAAAGUGCAUUUAGGGCCAAUUAUUCAAGGGGGUGAUGAUGAAAUAGUAUCGAGUGGAUGAGUUUAUCGCAUAGUAAUCCGGUGAAAAUUAUUUGCCCUUCGAUAUUCAUCAGUGCACUCUAGCUUUGGACUUGUCAUCGGUUGGAUACGUAGAGAGAUUCUUCAGGGAAAUAGUUGCAGCUGAUUUUCUCCCUACACGAGCCCCAAAAUGAUCGAUCUCACGGUGAAGACCUUGGAUUCUCAGAAUCAUACCUUUUCGUUGAACGACGAUAUCACAGUUAGACAAUUCAAAGAACACAUAGCAGAGACUGUCAGCAUUCCAGCUGACCUUCAGAGAUUGAUUUAUUGUGGCCGUGUGCUGCAAGAUGAGAAAAAUCUCAAUGAAUACGACGUGAAUGGCAAGGUGAUCCACCUGGUACAGCGUUUACCCCCAUCCCUCCACCAGAGGCCCAACAAUGCCGGCCAAAAUAACUCUCACAGCCAGAGUUCCCAGGGUGGUACCUGGCAGUCAGGUCCCAGGAUCCAGUACCGUCAAACCCAGUUCCAUGGAAACCCCAUGUACGUGGGAUCAGUGUCAAUCCCAGCUGACGUCCUGGACCGCCACGACGCCGAGUGGCCAACUCCCCAAUUCAGUGGGAUCCUCGCCAACAGCCACUUGACAGUGGUUCGUCGCAUGCUGGAUCAAGCCAAUCGAGUCAUCGAUCGUCUGGAGAACGCCAGUGACACCUCUGACGAAGCUACAACACCGCAGACGUCUGCCCCAAGUGAUGGAGCAGCUGCUGAAUCCACCCCGACGCCAGUGGAGGAUCCACAGCCAACACCGGACGAGCCUGAGCCUGCGACAAGUGGAGAAGCCACCCCAACCGAAGGCCUACUGCCUCGUCAGCUCUCCGAACUCGUGAGAGAGCUCUUGACAACUCGGGAUCGCCUAACGCCCUACAUAAGGGAUCGAAUCCUCUCCCCAACAUCAUCAACCCCCGAGGAGAAUCAGCGCAUAAUGGACGGUGUCUCCGAGUGUUUUCACUUUCUCUCUCACGCCGAGCACGCCCUCAGCAACAUCAGCAUCGACAUGCAGCAGACGCCCCCCAGAACCCUGCGUUGUCGUCCCAUGAACAUCAGACCCCCAGCAAUUGUCCAGGCUGGCUUGCCAAUCCAAGUCGAGGCCCACAUCAGUCUCCACGGCCAAACCGACAACAACAGCGCUGAUAACGACCCACCCCCCACCCAGCCCCCCCAACCAACAUCAGCCAACACCGAGGCAACAGGUUCAUCAACCCAGACAUCCCAACCACAAUCCAAUCCAGAGCGUUCAGGCCAAUCAGACUCUCCAUUCGGUCAAGUCUUCAAUUUCCCCAACAACGUCGAAGUUGUCAUGGAAAUGAGUCCACAAGCUCCACGAGUCUGGAGCUUCUCCUCUGAGCCUCAGCCCCAAGGGGCCAACAACAACAACAAUAACAACACAAACAACAACAAUACCACAAAUGCAAAUAACAACAACACUUCGAAUGCCGCUGGCACGAGUGCUGGAUUCUCCUGGGGAGCUCCCUCCCCUGACAUAAUCAGACACCUGAUGCAGGCAGUGGCAGGCUACAUGGCAGAGACAAGGGUGCCAAUGCCUGCUCCAUCGACAGGGGCUCCAUCAACAACAUCAUCCACAGCUACAUCAGCAACUCCAACAGUUGGAUGUCUUCGUCAUCGUCCGAGGACAGUUGCUGGUGAAUCAGCGAGCUCACAGCCGAGGGGAAAUACAGACACUCAUCCAACAACUUCGACUCAGACAAGAACUACGUCGAGGACUCAUGUGCUUCAGCAUGCACAGGCACUUGGCGUUGGUCUGGAUGUUGCUGACAGCAUUGACUUCGAUCCAUUUUUGCCCUGCACAUCUCAGCACGUGCGUCGUCAGCCUGCUCAGACCAGUACAGCUGCAUCGACACAGACUGGUGGGGCUGGUGGAGAUCCUCCUGUGCAGAAUCAAGCUGGUGGAACACUUGGGGGUAUUCGUGGGCCCAGAUUUGCCACGAUAACUGGGGUACAGCUCGUCAACUCCAGUGCUCCCACUUUGGCUGAGAGCAUGGCCAAUGUGAGACCCACGCUAGGUACUUCGAUCAGCGAUGUUUUAGCCAGUAGGGGGAUUUAUCUGUCUGUAGAUUUACCUCCGACUAGGCUAGCAGAACGAACUAUUCACAUGAGUAUAUAUAGAGUACUUUCGGGAUUAUCUGUUGGAGAUUGGUAUAGAAUUGUUGAGGGGGACUACUCUCCUCUGAGUCUCCGCAUCCAGAGGAAACUGCGUAUUGCUCUUCGAGAGAAUAACACCUCCGUUUCUGAGGGGGAUUUACCUAAUCGUAUUGCUGAGACGCUUAUUCGCGAGUUGAGGGGAUAUCUGGAGUACACUUUUAACUGGGGGAUAGCCAAUGAUGAACGGGGAGCUGCUGUCGCUUUAAGGGAGACUGUUGAGAAUGUUUUGAACGUUCAUGUGGCGGAAAUUGUGAGGUGUAUAUUCACUGAUUAUGAUACGAGUACAGCAUUCGUUGAGGCUGUCAUCGAACCCAUAAAAGCACUGGCUAGUAAUCUGAUUGGAGUCUGUCGUCUGACUUUGAGCAGUGGUGUUAAUGAAUUUGUGGGACCCCUACCUCUAAUUGGCCCGAAUGUAUUUGAGAGAUGCGCAAUUCGAUUUGCUAAUCAAAUGACACAGGGCAUGCCCCCACUGUUCCGUGAGUGGAUUAUGGAAACAGUUUUGACAUGGGUUUGUCGUUAUGCUCGAACAGUGCAAUCUCCCCCGACGGAGGAAAUAACGAAAUUUUUGUGCUACAAGGAUCAGCCCCAAACAAACUCGAGGCCAUCUCAGGCAUGGCCAGCAGCAAGCCAGGCAACAUCGACCGUGUCAUCGGCCCCAGCACCCCAAUCAACGGCUCAAUCAGUACCAGAGCCAAUGGAGACUGAUUCAGGGCCAGAUCCACUGAUGCUGGAUGAGAAUGAGGAGGUUUCAACGACAUUCCCAGGUCACGAAAAUCUUCUGCCUGAUUGGGUUCCAAUAAUAGCACGCGAUGGAGCUAGACAGAGGAGGCAGCUGCAGCUUGGCCUAUCUGGAGGUAGUGUUACGACACUGAGCGAUGCAUACUUGGCGACAAUGCCAAGCAAACGAAGGAAAUUGGUGGAGCAGCAGAAGCCAACGCUUUUGGCGAGUCCUACGUCUAAUAGUUCAGCAAUACCAGCUUCCAUGGAGCGUCUGAUCAGGGAGAGUGUUGGGCGUGCUGGAGUCGAGGAAGUUGAUGGGGCAGCUGCUGCUGUUGCAUCUGAUUCAACUGCCAGACGUGCAUUUGGAGAGGCUAUCAGGGAAUGCCUUCAUCCAAACAGAUAUCAAAGUCCUGACUUUCCAGAUCCACUCAGAUUUCCAAAUGCUACGAGGUUCUUUAGCGAUCAUGAUAGACAUGAUAAACAAUAGGACAUUCGCAUAUUUAAUAUUCUUGUAAUGAAAAACUUUAUUACAUCAAAAUUGAUAAUUUAAUAACUAUUCUUUCUGUCAUACCUAUUGUAUUUUGAGGAAGUUCAAUAUCCCACGCGUAAGACGUGUGAAUUAAAUUAAUGUAACGGUG